AUGCUACCUAUUACUUACAUUUUACUGUAUUAUACGUUUUCCAUCGUCGACAGCAAACGUAAAAAAGCAGUUUUAAUUUUAAAUGAUUAUCGUUAUACACAAGAUCGGAUAAGAAAUAAUAACACAUAUUGGAAAUGUGAAGAUCGUUCAUGUACUGGUCGUGCAUCACAAAAAUGUCCGGAUGAUCCAAAAAAAACACAACAACAUAGUCACAGUCCUAACCAAGAUCAAUGCAACGUUGAAGAAUUUACAACAAAUGUAAAGAAACGCAUUAGAGAAGAAUCAGAACCAGUAAGAAAAAUAUUUAGACAAGAAUUAGUUAAACUUCGAACAAAAAAUCCUGAUCAAGUUCAGUCAGUACCUAUGUUUGAACAAAUUAAAACGUCGUUAUAUUCAGCACGAAAUGAAAGUUUCCCUCCACCACCUGAAACUUUGGCUGACGUGAAAGUAGAUGGUAAGUGGAGUCAAACAUUAAAUAAUGAACCGUUUUUGUUACCAGAUACUCAAAAUUUAAUAUUUGGAACAAUAGAAUCUCUAGAUGAAUUAAGUAAAAAUAUCCAAAAUGUAUGCUAUCGAAAUAGUAUUACUUUAAAUCCAAAAUUUGCCACAUUAGAUUUUGAACAAGGUGCUAUAUCUGCAUGUGCAUGUGAAUUAUUAUUUCCAGAUGUCAAGAUCAAAGGUUGUAAUUUCCAUUUUAAUAAAUGUUUGUACAUAAAAUUACAAAAUUUAGGUUUUCAGUCUGCAUUUAUUAAUUCUGGUGGCAAUCCAAAUGAAAUUAAUGUUAGAAAUCUUAACAAAAAAACUUCCGCAUUAGCAUUUAUGCCACUAACUACUGUGAAGGAUUUAUGGAGUCAAACAAUGGAUGAGUAUGAUACUAUUAAUGGAAUCACGCCUUUUUUUGAUUAUGUCACUGAAAGUUGA